UCAACCCUUGAUUUUGAAACUCCGAGAAAACAGAAGAAUGGCCACUGAAACUCCAGGCGACGUUGGUGCCAUUAAGCCGGAAAAUACGCCGGAAAAGACGCUGGAAACCUCAGAUUCCGGCCAUUUGCCGGCGGUAAAACCAGAGAGCAGCACCUUCUCUGAAUCCAAGGAACGCGUCUUUCCUAUAACUCCACAGCCAUUGCAACUUCCUUUUUCAGGAGUUGUGACGAUCCCAAGCCAUUCAAGGUGGUUCUCUUGGGACAAGAUCCAUGAUACGGAGCAUAGGAUGCUUCCAGAGUUCUUUGAUGGGAAAUCAGUCUCAAAAAGCCCUAGGGUUUAUAAGUAUUACAGGGACUUCAUCAUUAAAAAAUACAGAGAAAGUCCAUCAAGGAAAAUCACAUUAACUGAGGUUCGAAAGGCUCUUGUUGGAGAUGUGGGCACAAUUCGUAGGGUUUUUGAUUUUUUAGAGAAUUGGGGUUUGAUUAAUUACACCCCAACAAAGCAAAUUAUAAGGUGGGAAGAGAAAGAAAAGGCUUUGGGUGGGUCUCAGUAUGCAGCAGGGGCAAUUCGACCAUUAGGCCCUCCCCCUGGUUUUGUUGGUGCCUCCAUUAAUGGCCGGAUUGAAGCUUCUGGUAAGAAAGAGAAUAUGAGGAAGUGGUGCACAAGCUGCAAGUUAGAGUGCAGUAUGGUUUGCUUUGAAUGCCAAAAGGCUGAUUGCAUCACUCUCUGUGCAAGAUGCUUUGUUCGUGGCAACUUUCGACUUGGACUCUUGGUGUCAGACUUCAAACGCAUUGAACUCAACCAAGCGACAAAGACAGAUCGGUGGACAGACAAAGAUACUUUGCUCCUUUUAGAGGCCCUUUUACAAUAUGGAGAUGACUGGAAAUCAGUUGCAAAAUAUGUGGGUAACAAGAGUGAGAAAGAGUGCAUUUCCAGGUUCAUUAAGCUUCCCUUUGGCGAGCAAUUCGUGGCACCUUUGGAGUUAGGGGAGGAAGAAUUGGAAUCCGAGAACAAUGCCGAGGGCCCCACAACAAACAGAAGCCGUCUCAUUCCACUUGCAGAUGCAAGCAACCCAAUAAUGGCACAGGCUGCCUUCUUGUCAACCUUGGCUGGAACUGAAGUUGCAGCUGCUGCUGCCGAAGCUGCAGUCACUGCUCUAUAUGAGGUUGAUAGCCAUUCCAACCAAUGCAGUGAGAGAAUUGAAUCAUUCCAUCAAGAAACUGCACAUAGAGGAGCUGCCGCCAAUGACAGUCUGCCCGAUCUUGAAUCCAUAGUUGCAGAGGCUCGUGCCAAGCUAGAUGAAGAGGAGCAAAGUGUAGAGCAGUCUAUAGCCAGCAUCGUGGAUGUUCAGAUGAAGGAGAUUCAUCGUAAAAUUAAGCAUUUUGAGGAACUGGAGUUGCAGUUAGAAAGAGAACGGGCACAGGUGAAUCACAUGGAGGACCUUGUCUAUGUUGAGCAGUUGAGUUUUUUGCAAAGGAGUUUAGAGAAAGAAAAGGAUCAGAAUGUCAAUGCAGUUGCUGAUUGAAUUAUUACCACUCGGCAAUUUGAGGAUCCAUAUCUGCAGAUAAACCUCCAUUAGAAGCUAGAUAAUGCAGUCUGUUGUUUGAUAGUUAUGUUUGUCUUUCUUUUUCCAUUUUCUCUUUUCAGUUUAAAGCUAGAUUUGUGAAUGAUUUUCAAUGUAGAGAGAAAGAGGUGUUCACUGAAAGCAUCUGCCUAGCAGAAAAAGGAAGUGUUCAUUACUUCGGAUUGAGUUGAAUGGAAAUUUUGGAUUUGUCAAAUGUACAUAGAGCAGUUGUGACUGAUUCACUAUUUGCGAAUUUAUGGAUAGAGAAAUCAUUGAGGAAA